AUGGGUCGCGUCCGUACCAAGACUGUCAAGCGCGCUUCUCGUGUCCUCAUCGAGAAGUACUACCCGCGCCUUACGCCCCUUGACUUUCACUUGAACAAGAAGGUCAUUGACGAGGUCGCUAUUGUUCCCACCAAGCGCCUGAGGAACAGGAUCGCCGGCUUCACGACCCACUUGAUGAGGCGCAUUCAACGGGGCCCCGUCCGCGGUAUCUCGUUCAAGCUCCAAGAGGAGGAGCGCGAGCGCAAGGACCAAUACGUUCCCGAGGUGUCUGCUCUUGACUCGUCUGUUGCGCCGCUCGAGAUCGACCCUGACACGGACGAGCUCAUCCGUAUGCUUGGCUUUGACAACCUUCCCGUCACGGUGACUGCACCGAUCACCGCUGUCGCGCCUGAGCGCAAGGGCCGCCACGUUCCUGUGAUGGAUGCCAAGUACGCGUACUGGCGCGAGCGCUACAUGCGCUCUUCACCUGCUGGCCUAUACUGCUUCUACAACGACGAAAGCGAUAAUGAGGAUGCAAUUACCUGCUCGGAAGCGCACGGCUAUGCCAUGCUGAUUGCUGUUCUGCACAAUACCCAGCAGGAUUUUGACGGGCUUCUCGCGUUUUUCCUCGCGUACCGCAACGAGCACGGCCUCAUGAAGUGGCAGAUCCGCAGCAAUAAGCACGGACAACUGUACGUCAAGGAGGAUGCGGAGGACUGUGCGACCGACGGUGAUAUCGACAUUGCUACCGCGCUUUUCUUGGCCCAGCAGAAAUGGGCGCAUGGAUCGCCCAUGUAUCCUGCCGGUGCAUACGGCAACGAAGGCGCCCGGCUUGCCGAUGCGAUUAUGGCGCACUGUAUCCAUCCGCGACUGCAUACCCCCCUUUUGGGCGAUUGGUGCAACGAGGAGGAUAAGCAGAACAGGAAACUGUACGACGCAACGCGCAGUUCCGACUUUAUUCUCUCGAGCUUCCUCCUGUUCCACACCAAGCACCCAGAUCCUCGUGCACGCGCGCAGUGGCAGCAAGUGCUUGAGUCAACACUGGAGGCUGCUACCUCGCAGCUGCGGCACUGCAAGACGGGCCUUGUCGCCGAUUUUCUCGUGCACGACAAAAACGGCUGGGUUCCUGCGAGUGGCAAGCUGCUAGAAUCGAAGCACGACGGCGAUAUGAGCUGGAAUGCAUGCCGGACACCAUGGCGACUUGCGCAUUAUUACGCGAUCACGCGCGACGAGCGCAUCUUGCCCCUCUUGCAGGCCAUGUACCACACGCUCACCUCGAAGCACUUUCCCAGCGUGCCCGCGGGCCUGCGUGUGCGCGAUGCAAAGCCAUUGGUCGACUACUCAUGGUACCUUGCCUACACGCUCGGGGAUAGUAGUGCCCAUAUGGCCGCCGUGCGCGCGCUCGAUGACGAGGAGUCUAGCUACUUUGGCGAUUCGAUCGAUCUUGUCGUUGCCGAAGAAGCCAUGGCAGCGCCGCACUGGCUUGCCUAA